AUGGCGGCGCCGUCGAGCCCGAACCUCAUGCUGUUCGAUGACGAUGCGUCUGCUCCUCCCUUGCCAUUGACACCCGCGUCCAUUUCCUCCGUCGACACCGUCAACUCCCGCGUCUCUCCGCCACAUUCCCCCAGUGUUAUCGUGCCAUCAUCCCGCGCUGAAGGCGAACGCAAAGCGCUGCACUUUUUCGUAUCCUGUCAAAAUAUCGAAGGCAACUCGCUCACGUCGUCCACUCGCUCAGCGCAGACGCUCGUCCGUGGCGCGCUUAGUCGACUGAGUAGCGCUGCGAACUUGAACAGCACCAAGUCGCCACGGGAGAAGCCUCCGACCGAAGUGAACGUGGAGGUGCGCGUCUUUGAGGAGACGCCGAUGUCUAAUCUGCUCGGUGAGUGCCAACUACCGGUAAUACCGGUACUUACCGCUACUCCAGGACGUCUGUCGAGGCGAAACAGUGUCGCUCUAGAGACGGACCACAGUGGCAAUGGACGGACAGAGAAAGGACCGCCGCUGUCAAUGGACGACGGACUGUUGAGUCCGCUGUCACCCGCGGAGCAGGAAAGUUACUGGAGCGAACGGCGGAAGAGUCGCAAUCCGCGGUUCUCAGUGGGCUUCUGUAUCACGUGUGGGGACGUGGCAGAGCGCGACCGACAAGUGCAGAUUCGGGUCAUGAUUCCGGACGAAGGGACGUCUUCGAAUCGUCACAGUCACGUGUUUGGCUACGCGCUGACGUCGUUCCAGGAGAUGUACAGAGUGGCUAGAGGGGGAAACCUGAAGCAGACGGUGACGCUGCCCGUCCACUCACAUGUGCUCGAGGGUGCGACAGUGACGCUGCAAUUCGCCGAUAUUGAGCCGCAGACCCGCCCGCUGUUUACGACCCAGCGCAGUAUGGUCAAGAGCUUUCUGUUUUACCCGUUGAUGAAGGAAGAGCAUGCGGAGAUGCAAGUUGCAGAUGCAAAGUUAGCAGUUGAAGAGGCCGGAGAAGUGGAGUUUAGCGUGAAGAUCCCGUUGCAACUGCUGCGAGUGUGUCAGUGUGAGCUGCUGCAGAUGUAUGACGCCUGGAAGUUGCGUUAUAAUUACAAUCGCAAGCAGAAUUGCUGCUUUGUAAAUGAUGCCGAAGCGCUAAACUUUGGAUAUGACGUGUUUCGAGUUCAAGUAGUUUCUGGACGUGCAUUGAAGGCACGCUCACGUGCUAGUUCCACUACAACAUCAUUGAGUGCUGAGCCGGACAUGAUGACCGAAUGUGGUUCACGAUCGUCGCGUACUUCAGGCUUUGCAACGGGACUAGCAGGAGGUCGAGGAAGAUUUGUGACACGUAUAAAGGCUGGCAAAUGGGGGAGCGCCGGUACAUCCUCGUUUGCCGGUCAUUACUCUGACACCGCUGACCUGGGCGGGGAAACCGCUAGCAGUAUUCAUCCCUUUGUCGUUGUGAAGUUUGAAGACGACGUGCAUGGCAAUCAAGAGUACACUGUAGGGAAGACAAACACUGAGUAUGACACUCCAGAUCCUGUUUGGUCAACAAACAAGUGUGCAGCUUCGAAAUGCCCGCACGGUAAGCCGAACGAUAAGUACUACGCGUCGUCAGUACUAAAUAGCCGCGUAGACGUCUCUCCAGUAAACGGGUUGAAGCAGUUUCUGUUUUAUCGACCAAGCACGCCUGGCCAGCAACUUGCAGGGUGGGUGCGCUUCCAAGUCUAUAACGAGCAUUACAGCUACAUGAGUGGCAUCGAGAACGAAUUGAUUGGUGAAGCUAUGAUUCCGUUGCAAAGCGUACGCGAGGCAAUGGCAGUGGAAGAAACAACUGUAUAUGACGACGACGAGAGUAGCGAAGGCAACACAAGUGACAAUCAUGUGGCGAGACCACACCAAGUCGUGACGUCUCUUACUCUUGUGGACUGGUUUGAUAUUCGGUCGUCUGUGACUGAUGAGGUUUGUGGACAAAUUCAUCUUCGUAUCAAUAUCUUGCUGGCAAACCCACUCGAGUCCACGAGCGGCGCCCUUCUGUCUCCUGCAUCGGAAAUAUCUUCAACCAGUUCGAGAAGGUACAGACGGGUUGCUGAUAGCUCCCCGCCACCAGACGAUAGUAUUAUUGAGAGCAAGAUUCCACUGAACUUUCUGUAUCCACAUGUGCUGAAUAUUCGUAAGCACUUGACUGAAGUUACUGAGAUGAUUCGGCUUACGGAACAACUGGUUAAGGAGGAGAAAACGUUCAAGUCAAGCUUACACAAAAAGCGUGCUGACAUUCAAGGCAUACCAACGAAUUUACACGUAUCGUACUUCCGCAUAUUCCGUCAUUUCGGGUCGCAGUUUAUGCCAAACUUACGAACGGAAGGACAAGUGGCCCCACAUGACUCUUUUGACUUAGAGGAUAGCGGCGAGCGCCGUUGCUCGUAUGAAACGAUAUCAAUCCAAGAGCGCGUGGUGGGAUUUGAGACGCAUGCAACUGUAACUUGCGGCGCUCCGACUGCUCAUGCCAUGGGGCUAAGGGAUUGCGGUUUGCGAGAAAUGGAGCUUGAGAUGCACAACUUUGUAGCUAUUCUGGAGAGAUGCAACCCGCAAGCCACGGAAUAUUCGGUUGAGGAUAGCAACUGUUUCAUUGCAGAAGACUCAUCAGAAGUAUACUAUUCCCCUUUCGAAGAUGAAUGUGAGGCGGAAGUCGAAACUGACGUCCAAACCUCCGUCAGCGGCACUUCUUGUGGCACACUUUCUUUGGAAGGUCCAGAUCGCCCCACAGCUGUAGCAAUAGUGGCUAGUAAGCCUGAAUUUUCCAGAAAAACUUCGACGUACUCGAUCAUGGCUCGAAAAGCCGCGACAGUCCGAGCGAAGGCAAUGUCUAAUAAGCGAUUUGUCAAAAAGAAAACCGCUCGACAGCUUGACCGAGUUUGUGAUGGGAAGACAGCUGCGUAUGCAAAAUACCCUCUGCUUCGCACUGAGUCAGCAGAUGGUGUGGACCCAACAACUUCCUUGCAAUAUGCUGUUCGAAUAUUGUGUCGACUGGAAAUGCUGCAAGCUGAAUAUUAUAUGAGAAAGAGCGUAGCUGUCUCUCAAUCUGUGAGUAGUCUUGUCACGUGCUUUCUAGCGGAGCUAGAUUUGCGUCUCCAAGAGCGAAACGUAAAGGUGCUCGAUCAAAUGGCAAAGAUUGGAUUUUUGAUCGGAUGGGAAAGCCUUAUCUCGUCUCACGGAAAGGAAUUGUACAUGAUUUCCGACGCGUGGGUUGCCAUCAAAUGUCUCGACACAUUCUCUUUUCAGCUGUUUGAAGGGACUGACAUGGAAGUGAUGGUCGAAAAGCAGGAUGGUCUGGGGGAUUACGUGGUUAAAGUCCCGGUGCCUCCGAUUGAGUUUUCGAAACUUCCGGAGAGCUUGAGGGAAGGUGGAUUGAUUGGCGUCACAGCAGUGCUGUUUACCCAAGGCAUUAACGAAAUGCAGAGUUUGGCCAACAUGGUGGGACAUUCAGGGGUGUCAAUUCAGCGUAAGAUUAAUAGUACGAGCUUCCAUACCAUUUCAGAGUACUACAGUCGCUUUGCCGAUGUAUGUGGGACCAGGAUGUCCGAAGCGAGUGUGGGCUCUCAUCCGGACGAAAUCUUGCGCAACUUGCGCUUGAGUGUGGAGAGCGAAAACUCGGCAUCGAAGAACACGUGCAUUUUGUUGCACGCUGCCGACGCCGUGCGCAGUCUGAAUGGCGGCCGAGUCACGUAUUGCAAGUCUGGCAAAGAUCGAACAGCAAUGAGCACUACACUCGAGCAGGCUAGGCUUCUAGUGCAACGGAAGCGUCACGUGCUUCAAGAGAUCGAAUCGGGGGGUGCCACUGAGUACGGGCCGCUUGAAGAAGUGAAGGACGUGGCCAACAUCAUGCGGGAGUUUGGCGUCCGCAUCCAUAUCGCCAAGAAGAACGUUGGCCGUUAUAAGUACUCGUUUAAUUCGUUGCAGCGCAAGCUGCUUCCCGAGAUUUACCGACCGCCAAUGUCCACAAUACAAGACAUGGUGACAUCAGUGACGACGCGAGAUUCCUGA